CCUCCAUGAUAUUUUCCCGCCGACUCAACUUCUCCAGUGACCGACCCGGCGUUCCGAACUCGUACAUCGCUAAGCUUGUAACAAAGAAACUAGCUCCCCCUUCACCGUAUUUAUACGCUACGUACUUGUCUCUUCUACCGCUCGCCUCCUCUUUGCCAGCGCCCUUCUCCUCGCGCUUUGGAUGACGCAAGGCCGCUCGACCCGCUCUUCUCGAUAUCCAUCUUACUCGAUCUUCUUACUUCUCUCGGCUACUGCAAUCCUUCUCGCAGCCGUCUUCCUCCCUCAUCUAUCGACUUCCUACACUCCCUUCUUGUCCAACUUUCUCUCGGCCACCGACAAAACGGCGUCUCCCGCAGCAAAGGUCGCCUCCUCCCUCCUCCCGCGCCGCCUCGUCCAGCUCUCCGGCCACUUCUUAAACCGAAAUCACGCAACCAUGGUUGUCUCUCCCCCCUACACAAAGGAGCUUGAGAUUGCUCAGCUCGCCGUCCAAAGAGCCGCUAUCCUCACAAAGCGCGUGUUCCACGAAAAGGCAAAGGGCACCGUCAGCAAGGACGACAAGUCGCCUGUCACCAUUGGCGACUUUGGCGCCCAGGCCCUCAUCAUCUCUGCGCUCCAGCACAACUUCCCCGAAGACGAAAUCGUUGCCGAAGAAGAGGCUGCUCAGCUGCGCGAGGAUGCCAACUUGAGAGAUACCAUCUGGGAGCUCGUUAAGGACACCAAGCUCUCUGAUGAUACCUCCGAGAAGCUUCUCGGCGGCCCCAUCACCAGUGUCGAGUCGAUGCUCGAUCUGAUUGACAAGGGCAACAGCGCCGGUGGUGCCAAGGGCAGAAUCUGGACCAUUGACCCCAUUGACGGAACCAAGGGCUUCCUCCGUGGUGGCCAGUACGCUGUCUGCCUUGGCCUCAUGGUUGACGGUGACGUCAAGGUUGGCGUCCUCGGAUGCCCCAACCUUCCCGUCGACGACACUGCUCGCCUGACUGCUGACAUUGGCACCAACCAGACUGACGAAGGUCGUGGCGUUCUCUUUUCUGCCGUUCAGAACCACGGCGCUGAUAGUCGCCCUCUGGUUACUGGCGCCCUCGCUGAGAGCAAGCACAUUGGCAUGCGCGCUCUUACAGACCUUAGCACCGCUACCUUUUGCGAGAGUGUUGAAGCUGGUCACUCUUCCCACGGCGACCAGGCUGAUAUCUCCCAGAAGCUUGGCAUUACCGAACCCAGUGUCCGCAUGGACAGCCAGGCCAAGUACGGCUCUAUUGCCCGUGGCGCUGGCGAUAUCUACCUCCGCUUACCUGUCAAGGCUACCUACCAGGAGAAGAUCUGGGACCACGCUGCUGGUGACCUGAUUGUCCGCGAAUCCGGUGGCCAGGUCACUGACAUCCACGGUAAGCGCCUCGACUUCUCUGUCGGCCGCACCCUCGCCAACAACAAGGGCGUUGUUGCUGCUCCCGCUCCUGUGCACGCCAAGGUUCUCGCCGUUGUGCAAGAAGUCCUCAAGGUUCAACAAUAAAAGGAAAAACGUUUAUAGAUGUCAUAAAACAAAAUACAAUCACGAUGUUAAACCAACCCGUAUAU